CUGGAGCAGGGGCUGUGCUGCCUGGGCUUGGGAUCCCCGGGAAAGGACCGGGAGCUCCGGGAUGGGAGAUGUGUGCUCUGGAGCAGGGGCUGUGCUGCCUGGGGCCGGGGAUCCCCGGGAAAGGACCGGGAGCUCCGGGAUGGGGGAUGUGUGCUCUGGAGCAGGGGCUGUGCUGCCUGGGGUAUGUUCUGCACUCAGAGGAGCCCACUCACACCCCAAAUAUCGGGUGUUUUCUGGCCCCUGCCAGGACAGCAGAUCCUGCACCCAAGGGAAAUCCCUCCCCAUGACCCCACUCGGCAGGGUCGGUCCUGCUCCCACCCCUGGGUGCCCCCCCAGACUCUGCUCACGCCGGUGUUCACUGAAACCCCAGAACCCUCCUAAAAUUAAUGCAGAAUAAACCACACAGGAAUUCCCCCUGCAACACCCGGGCACCCCAGAACCAGAGCGAGCCUUGGGCUACUUCCAUUGCUCUGCACACGGGGAGACCCUCAGGGUGGGGGGCUACAGGAUAUUCUGAGGAGGGGAGGAUGUGAUUGAGAGGGGAACAAUUCCUUCCCGGGGGGUAUCCUGGACCCAGCAGAGUCCCCUCUCCAACACAGGGUGUGAAAGCAUCACAUCCUGCACCUAAGGAGAGACACCCUCAGCAGAGCACAGGGUGCUAAGGGGCUUCAUUCUGCACCUGGAAAGACCCCCAGGAUGAGGGGCUGCAGGCUGCUGUCCCCCCCGGAGGAAUCUUCCUUCCUGGGGUCUAUCCUGCCCCAGGGGAGCCCCCCACACGCUUCGUACAGAGUGCUAAUGGGUCACAUUCUUCAUCUGGAGAGACUCCCUCUCCCCACCUGAGGGGCAGGCUCUGCACUGGGAUGUGCUACAGGGUCACAUCCUGCACCCUUUGGAAUCUCCAUCCCGCAGCAUGGCUGGAUCCCACACUCAGGGGACACCUUCUCCUUCCCUUCUCCCCGGUACAGAUCCUGCAUCCCAGCAUCCCCCACCCUCUCCACGUUGUCCUGGGACACCCAGCCCCACCCCGUAUCCUGCAGGGAAAGAUGCUGCACCCCAAAGAACCCCCACAAACACCCAGCAGGGUGGGGGGGCUGCACCCGAGGGAUUCCCCCCUCAAAAACUCAUCUCCCUGAGGAUGGGGUCACAUCCGGAACACACUGACCCCCUUUUGCUGUACCCGAUGUCACAACCAUCACAGAACAGGGUUCUGCACCGGGACCCCUGCCAGGACAGAUCCUGCACCCAGGGUAACCCCACCCCACAGGGUCAGCUCCUGCCCCCAGCAUCCCUGAGUGUCCCCCAGACCCUGCUCACUCUAGUACUUGGUGAAACCCUGGAACCCCCUCAAAUUAACGCAAAAUAAACCACAUAAAAAGUCCCUCACACAUCCAGCAUGGCAGACUAAUUACAUUAAUUAUACUAAUUAGGGCAAUGGGGCUGGGGCGGGGGGGACCUGAGAGCAAACGCAGCCUCACCUAAAAGAAUUUUGGGCAAGAAUGGCUGGUUUGAGUGUAGGAGACAGGGUGCAGCUGUGAGGUUGUCCCUGUCCUUGUCUCCCUCUCCAUCCCCACCCGUGCAGCUGCGUGGGGCCCUCCCCUCCCCUCGCAGCUGGAGGCAAUGAUCCCCCCUGGUUAUAGGCAGCAGACACCGGCUCCCUCUCUGCUCCUGGGGGAGGACGAGACUGGAGGAGCUCUCAGAGGUGAGCUGGGAAGAAAACUCUCCUAAAAUAUCUUCUUUGCAUUUCUGGUGUGUUUAGCUUUGCAGAGGGGGUGGCUUCUGGCCUUCUUUAUGUAGUGCACUGAAUAGCUUUGGUGUUAUUGUAGGUGCCUAUUUUGUCUGAUGCUAAUUAGUGCCCUGGCAAGGACAGGGUGAGGGCAGCAGUGUGUUCAGCCCCUGAGUGGUUUUCUCUCGGCAGAGGUUUUGUAGCCACGGGAAGUGUGUGUGUAACCCCAGCACUGAGCGAUGGAGCCAGGACCCCCUGCCCUGCACGGCCCCUUCGGUGCUGCUGCCCUCCCUGAGCCCCCGGAGGCAGCAGAGGGAUGUGCCUGGCAGAGCCUCCGCUGCCUCCGUGUCCACAGACAGAAGAAGAAAGUGGCUUAUUUUGCCCGUAUCUGCAAGCUCCUAAACCAGAAGUCUUCUACUGGGGAUUCCUGCCUGGUGGCUUCUGUGCUGGCCUGGCUGGACAAUCCUCAGCUCCUCGGGGAUGUGGCCCUGGAGGCCUCUCGGCUGUCCCGCUAUGGCAGGAGGAGCCACCUUGGCCACCGUGAAGUCCUGCUGGCCGUGAAACUGGUGCUGCUGCGUGAGCUCUACAAGCCUCCUCCAGGAUCUUGAACCAUGAGCUGAGGCAGGAUGGAACAGUCUUUGUAAUAUUUUAAUGUGGUUUUGGUAA